AUGGAUGGCGCCAUGCAAGAGAGCCAGUACAUCAAAAUUUGGAAGACAAUUGGCUCGGCGUCAACACCAACUCCCGCCCAACGCAACAAGAACAUUACUCCCACUGGCAUGGUGCCCUUUUGGAUGAAACUGGAGAAUGCCUACAAUACCAUAAGCCGUGUGCUAUUUGUUGAGGGAUACGGUGGACCCAUGCGUGUUACAAUUGAUGAUGACAAGGCCCACUGCCGGGGAAUCACCUACACCGCUGGGCUGAAACCUGUCCGUCACGUGAAAGACAAUCAAAAUGGCCACACCUGCCACACGCUUGUCCACUCUUACUCGCAGAUCCCAAUACAGAUCGCUUGGGAGAGACAACAAGGCGACUCAGCCGAAGCUGCAACACAGAGAUGCUUCGGCAACGCAAUCACUCCGAUGGCAGCCCAGGGAGCUCCAGGCGACAUGCGCCACGUCUAUACCGGACAAGACCGCGGAUACAUCACCGAGGGUAUACUCCAUGGCUAUUUCAUGAAGUCCGGGGCGAAGAUUGCCGCUGGUACGGUGAAGCGACAGGCUUGUAUUCCCAUGACUUACAAGCAACAGAUGCACCCCAAAGACAAGCGCACUGACCUUUCGCCCAAAGGUCCCAAGACGCUGUUCACCAAACGAACAGUUUCCCAUGGCCGAAACCUCUAUUGCCAUGCAUACAGAAAUGGGACAGGAGGCAUCACGCUGGGGAUCUCAACCGAACACGGAGAGAAGCCAGAGUGGGAGUUGGUGCUUGCUCAUCCUCGAGACUUGUUAUGGUAUGAUCCUGGACCAGGAACGGUCGUUUCCGAGGAAGACAAGCUUCGAAAGUGUUUUCUCCGCGUCGUCGAAGCCCUUGAUCCAGAUACGGACGGUCCUGAAGAGACUGCGCUGACCGACCAGUUUGUCCAGCUCCUCGGCGAUCUCCCUGUCACAGCGCUUACUACUACACAAGGCACUCCGGAAUGUUUCUUGCUCCGUCGAUUCUCACUCACCUCCUCUACUACAGACAAAGCAAUUGCUGUUUGCAAGGGCAACGAGGAAUUUCUUAAUCAUCCGGACUCUUGGAACCGCAUCAAGGAGACACUGUCUGCAAUUUUUGUCCAACCUGAACCUGAGCCCGAGCCUGAGCCUCCAAUCGAACUGCAGCCACCACCACACGUCGGAGACAAUGCACCUGCAGAAGAAGAGCCUGCAACAGAAGCCGAGACGGAAGCCAACACGGAAGCUGAGACUGAAGCCGAGGGAGAGGUAGCAGCAAAUGAUGCUGUGACUCUUCAGAAUCUGUUGUCUGAUCGAACACUUGUUACGAAAGUUAUUGACGAGGAGAAGCUGGUAACUCUCGUCGAAAUUCGAUCCAUUCUCACAGAGCUUGGUCACACACUCUCCAAGGCGUCGGAUAAGGAUCGGAAAGAUGUGAAGUCCUUUGAAAGCUGGCUUGAAGUGGCUCAUCAACUGAAGCCCUAUUGGUUUAAGAAGGUGUCAGAGCUUGUCGCAAUUGCUGGUCGUCUUGGUGUUGAUGUUGCGGCAUUGGGAAAACGUCGCGAUCCUGUUCGAAAAGCGAUCAACGAGCACCUGCUAGCAAACCCAGACGUUGUCAUCGAUCCCCCUCCUGUCGCCGCUGCACCUGCUUUGUCUGCUGCGAAACAGCGACAACUUGCCACUAGCAAUCUCCCAGACAACCUGAGAAUGCUUCAUUCGGUGUUGAGAGCUGGCUACCUCGAUCCACUGACGGGCAUAGCAAAGAAGUACACUCGAAGAGGCCAUCAACUUGAAUGCCACAUCUUGCGAUCCUGCAUCAAGGACCACAAAUUGGAUGAGACCAAGACUCCUCUCAAGCUAGAGGCUGCUGCGACAGCACCGUUGGUGAUGAGCCAAGGCAACCAUUACGCAAGAGAUUCUAUUGAUUUCAUCGGCUUGGUGGGUGGUGAUGGCACGGAGGCACGUCUUAUUGGAGUUGAGGUCAAAGCUCGCGUCGGAAAGAAGAGAGACCAAGAAGAGACGCGGCAUGUCGCUUCCAUUCGUCGCUUGCUUGGUCAGGACCACACACCACGCCAGCGAAAGGUUCGCUACUUCACAGUGGAUGCGUCUGCGCCAGAGUUUGCCAAAGUUGUUGCUGAUACCCACGAGGCCGUACAAGUCCUCCACCACGCCUACGUUUACGGCUUUGAUUGUAUCCUCUUGGUUGUAGGUGACAACUCUGGCGAUGUGAUGUAUGGGAUCUUUGUCGACGUCCCAGCUGAUUUGAAGCAAGCUUACGGAGUGGUCUUGUCUGAUAUCUACAGCAGCACACUCGACUGGAUCUAUGUGCCAACCACCGACACAAAGCCCAUCCGAUAA